GGACAGAGAGUUCUUCCCGCAAAGGUUCUUUAAGCCUAACGGCCCAAAUAAACAACAGCCCCUUAGUCUUUGAUUUGCAGUCCAUCUGCCUUACCCUCGCUUCAGCCCUGGUUUCUUCGGCCCAGCUGCACUCAUUUCAAUCGUUUACUUUCUCGCUUUUUUUUUUCCCCUCUUAAUCCUAGCUCCUGUCUCUCAGAAUCAGUGGUCAAUUUCAGCCUUCCAAGCAUCGCACGCUUUGGUGAAAGUAAAGCACAGUGAAAGAAUUCAAGAUGCCACCUAAUAUAAACUGGAAAGAAAUAAGAAAAGUUGACCCAGAUGAGUUGCCUCGUCAAGAAGAAUUGGCAGAUAAUUUAUUGAUUUCCUUAUCUAAGGUGGAAGUAAAUGAGCUAAAAAGUGAAAGUCAAGAAAAUAUGAUACACCUUUUCAGAAUUACUCAGUCUCUAAUGAAGAUGAAAGCUCAAGAAGUAGAGCUAGCUUUGGAAGAAGUUGAAAAAGCUGGAGAAGAACAAGCAAAAUUUGAAAAUCAAUUAAAAACUAAAGUAAUGAAACUGGAAAAUGAACUGGAGAUGGCACAGCACUCUGCAGGUGGACGUGACACUCGCUUUUUACGUGAUGAAAUUCGCCAACUUGAAAAGCAAUUGGAACAAAAAGAUAGAGAAUUGGAGGACAUGGAAAAAGAGUUAGAGAAAGAAAAGAAAGUUAAUGAGCAAUUGGCUCUUCGAAAUGAGGAGGCAGAAAAUGAAAACAGCAAAUUAAGGAGAGAGAAUGAACAGCUUCGUCAGGAUAUUAUUGACUAUCAAAAACAAAUAGAUUCGCAAAAAGAAACCCUUUCAUCAAGAAGAGAAGACAGUGACUACCGGUCACAAUUGUCUAAAAAAAACUAUGAACUUGUCCAAUAUCUAGAUGAAAUUCAGACUUUAACAGAAGCUAACGAGAAACUUGAACUUCAGAAUCAAGAAAUGAGAAAAAAUCUAGAAGAGUCUGUACAGGAAAUGGAGAAGAUGACUGAUGAAUAUAAUAGGAUGAAAGCUAUUGUGCAUCAGACGGAUAAUAUAAUGGACCAGUUAAAAAAAGAAAAUGAUCAUUACCAGCUUCAAGUGCAGGAGCUUACAAAUCUUCUGAAAGCAAAAAAUGAAGAAGAUGAUCCAAUCAUGGCAGCUGUCAACGCAAAAGUAGAAGAAUGGAAGUUAAUUUUGUCUUCUAAAGAUGAUGAAAUUAUUGAGUACCAGCAAAUGUUACAUAACCUGAGGGAGAAACUGAAAAAUGCCCAGCUUGAUGCCGAUAAAAGUAAUAUUAUGGCUCUACAACAGGGUAUACAAGAACGAGAUAGUCAAAUUAAGAUGCUCACUGACCAAGUAGAGCAAUAUACAAAAGAAAUGGAAAAAAAUACUUUUAUUAUUGAAGAUUUGAAAAAUGAGCUCCAAAGAAACAAAGGAGCUUCAGCACUUUCUCAACGGACUCAUUAUAUGAAAAUUCAGUCUAAGGUUCAAAUUUUAGAAGAGAGAACUAAAGAGGCUGAGAGAACAGCUGAACUGGCUGAGGCUGAUGCUAGGGAAAAGGAUAAAGAACUAGUUGAGACUCUGAAGCGAUUAAAAGAUUAUGAAUCGGGAGUUUAUGGCUUAGAAGAUGCUGUUAUUGAAAUAAAGAAUUGUAAAAACCAAAUUAAAAUAAGAGAUCAAGAGAUUGAAGUAUUGACAAAGGAAAUCAAUAAACUUGAAUUGAAGAUCAAUGAUUUCCUUGAUGAGAAUGAGGCACUUAAAGAGCGUAUGGGCCUUGAACCAAAGACAAUGAUUGAUUUAACUGAAUUCAGAAAUAGCAAAAGUUUAAAACAGCAGCAGUACAGAGCUGAAAACCAGAUUCUUUUGAAAGAGAUUGAAAGCCUAGAGGAAGAAAGACUUGAUCUGAAGAAAAAAAUUCGUCAAAUGGCUCAAGAAAAAGGAAAAAGAACUGCAACUUCAGGAUUAACUGUUGAGAACCUGAACCUAACUGAAGACUUUUCUCAAGAGAAUAAAAUGGAAGGAAGAAAAUUUGAUUUCAUUAGCCUCAAAAAUAUGAGUGAAGCACAAUCAAAGAAUGAAUUUCUUUCAAGAGAACUAAUUGAAAAAGAAAGAGAUUUAGAAAGAAGUAGAACAAUAAUAGCCAAGUUUCAGAAUAAAUUAAAAGAAUUAGUUGAAGAAAAUAAGCAACUUGAAGAAGGUAUGAAAGAAAUAUUGCAAGCUAUUAAGGAAAUGCAGAAAGAUCCUGAUGUUAAAGGAGGGGAAACAUCUCUAAUUAUUCCCAGUCUUGAAAGACUAGUUAAUGCUAUAGAAUCAAAGAAUGCAGAAGGAAUAUUUGAUGCCAAUCUGCAUUUAAAAGCCCAAGUCGAUCAACUUACUGGAAGGAAUGAAGAAUUAAGACAGGAGCUCAGGGAAUCUCGGAAGGAGGCUAUAAAUUAUUCUCAGCAGUUGACAAAAGCAAAUUUAAAGAUAGAUCAUCUUGAAAAAGAGACCAGUCUUUUACGACAAUCAGAAGGAUCAAAUGUUGUGUUUAAAGGAGUAGACUUACCUGAUGGGGUAGCACCAUCUAGUGCCAAUAUCAUUAAUUCUCAGAAUGAAUAUUUAAUACAUAUCUUACAGGAACUAGAAUAUAAAGAAAAUAAGUUAAAGAAUUUAGAAGAUUCUCUUGAAGACUAUAACAGAAAAUUCGCAGUAAUUCGUCAUCAACAGAGCUUAUUAUAUAAAGAAUACCUAAGUGAAAAGAAGACCUGGAAAACAGAAUCUGAAACAAUGAAAGAGGAAAAGAGAAAACUUGAGGAUCAAAUCCAACAAGAUGCUAUAAAAAUAAAAGAAUAUAAUAAUUUGCUCAGUGCUCUUCAGAUGGAUUCAGAUGAAAUGAAAAAAACACUUUCAGAAAAUAGCAGAAAGCUCACAGUCUUACAAGUGAAUGAAAAGUCACUCAUAAGGCAAUAUACUACUUUAGUAGAAAUGGAGAGACAGCUUAGAAAAGAAAAUUGGAAACAGAAGAAUGAAUUGGUAUCAAUGGAGGCUGAAGUUGGUGAAAAAAUUGGACGUUUGCAACGUUUUAAGGAAAUGGCUGUUUUCAAGAUUGCAGCACUCCAAAAAGUUAUAGAUAAUAGUGUCUCUCUGUCUGAACUAGCAUUGGCCAAUAAACAAUACAAUGAACUGACUGCUAAGUACAGAGACAUCUUGCAAAAAGAUAAUAUGCUUGUUCAAAGAACAAAUAACUUGGAACACCUAGAGUGUGAAAAUGCAUCCCUAAAAGAACAAAUGGAGUCUGUAAGUAAAGAACUGGAGAUUACCAAGGAAAAACUUCACACUAUUGAACAAGCCUGGGAACAAGAAACUAAAUUAGGAAAUGAAUCUAACAUGGAUAAGGCAAAGAAAUCAAUAACCAAUAGUGAGAUUGUUUCUAUUUCAAAAAAAAUCACUAUGCUGGAGAUGAAGGAAUUAAAUGAAAGGCAGCGGGCUGAACAUUCUCAAAAAAUGUAUGAACAUGUGAAGACUUCAUUGAAGCAAGUGGAAGAACGUAAUUUUGAAUUGGAAACCAAAUUUGCUGAGCUUACCAAAAUCAAUUUGGAAGCGCAGAAAGUGGAACAGAUGUUAAGAGAUGAAUUAGCUGAUAGUGUGAGCAAGACAGUAAGUGACGCUGAUAGGCAACAUAUUCUAGAAUUAGAGAAGAGUGAAAUGGAACUAAAAGUUGAAGUAUCAAAACUAAAAGAGAUUUCUGACAUUGCCAAAAGGCAAGUUGAAAUUUUGAAUGCACAACAACAGUCCAGGGAAAAGGAAGUAGAGUCCAUCAGAAUGCAGCUGUUAGACUAUCAGGCACAGUCUGAUGAAAAGGCACUAAUUGCCAAGCUGCACCAACACGUUGUCUCUCUUCAAGUUAGUGAGGCUACCGCUCUUGGUAAGUUGGAGUCGGUUACGUCUAAGCUGCAGAAGAUGGAGGCCCAUAAUUUGCGCUUAGAGCAGAAACUUGAUGAAAAAGAACAAGCUCUCUAUUCUGCCCGUUUGGAGGGGAGAAACAGAGCAACACAUCUGCGCCAAACAAUUCAGUCUCUACGACGGCAAUUUAGUGGAGCUUUACCCUUGGCACAACAGGAAACGUUCUCUAAAACAAUGAUUCAGUUACAAAACGACAAACUGAAGAUAAUGCAAGAAAUGAAAAAUUCUCAACAAGAACAUAGAAAUAUGAAGAACAAAACACUGGAGAUGGAAUUAAAGUUAAAGGGGCUGGAAGAGUUAAUAAGCACUUUAAAGGAUGCCAGGGGAGCCCAAAAGGUAAUCAUUUGGCAUACGAAGAUAGAAGAACUCCGUCUUCAAGAGCUUAAACUCAGUCGAGAAUUAGUCAAAGAUAAAGAAGAAAUAAAAUAUUUGAAUAAUAUAAUUUCUGAAUAUGAGCAUACAAUCAGUAGUCUGGAGGAAGAUAUUGUGCAGCAGAAUAAGUUUCACGAAGAAAGACAAAUGGCCUGGGAUCAGAGAGAAGUUGAGCUAGAACGUCAACUAGAUGUUUUUGACCGUCAGCAAAAUGAAAUACUAAAUGCAGCACAAAAGUUUGAAGAGGCUACAGGAUCAAUGCCAGACCCUAGUUUGCCCCUUCCAAAUCAACUUGAGAUUGCUCUAAGAAAAAUUAAGGAGAAUAUUCGAAUAAUCCUAGAAACACAGGCAACGUGCAAAUCACUAGAAGAGAAGCUAAAAAAAAAAGAAUCUGCUUUACGGUUAGCAGAGGAAAAUAUUCUGUCAAGAGACAAAGUAAUUAAUGAACUGAGGCUUCGAUUGCCUGCCACUGCAGAACGAGAAAAGCUUAUAGCUGAGCUAGGAAGAAAAGAGGUGGAACCAAAAUCUCAUCACACAUUGAAACUUGCUCAUCAGACCAUUGCAAACAUGCAAGCAAGGUUAAAUCAAAAGGAAGAAGUGUUAAAGAAGUAUCAACAUCUUCUAGAAAAAGCCAGAGAGGAACAAAGAGAAAUUGUUAAGAAACAUGAAGAGGAACUUCAUAUUCUUCAUCAUAAAUUAGAACUACAGGCUGAUAGUUCACUCAGUAAAUUCAAAGAAGCAACUUGGGAUUUAAUAAAACAGUCUCCUACUCCAGUUCCUACCAACAAGCAUUUUAUUCAUUUGGCUGAGAUGGAACAGAGAGUAGCAGAACAAGAUGACUCUCUCUCCUUACUUGUGAUCAAACUAAAAAAUGUAUCUCAGGAUUUAGAGAGACAAAGAGAAGUCACUGAAUUAAAAGUCAAAGAGUUUGAAAAUAUCAAAUUACGGCUCCAAGAAAAUCAUGCAGAUGAAGUGAAACAAAUAAAAGCACAAGUAGAGGAUUUGAGGUGUCUUCUGGCCCAGUCACAAAAAGAGUCGCAGAGUUUAAAAUCUGAACUUCAGGCUCAAAAAGAAGCAAAUUCAAGAGCUCCAACAACUACAAUGAGGAAUCUAGUAGAAAGGCUGAAGAGCCAAUUAGCCCUGAAAGAGAAACAACAAAAAGCCCUUAGUCGGGCACUUUUGGAACUUCGGGCAGAAAUGACAGCAGCAGCUGAAGAACGUAUUAUUUCCACGACUUCUCAGAAAGAGGCAAAUCUCAAUGUUCAACAGAUUGUUGAUCAACAUACUAAAGAGCUAAAGUCACAAGUUGAAGAUUUAUGUGAAAAAAUUUUAAAACUUAAAGAAGCUCUUAAAACAAGUAAAAACAGAGAGAACUUACUAACUGAUAAUUUGAAUGACCUAACCAGUGAACUACAAAAAAACCAAAAAGCCUAUAAUAAAAUGCUUAGAGAGAAAGAUGGAAUUGAUCAAGAGAAUGAUGAACUGAAAAGGCAAAUUAAAAGAUUAACCAGUGGAUUACAGGGCAAAGCUCUGAUAGAUAACAAACAAAGUUUAAUUGAAGAACUCCAAAAGAAAAUUAAAAAGCUAGAAAGCCAACUGGAAAAAAAGGUGGAUGAGGUAGAAAUAAAACCUAUGAAAGAAAAGAGUGCCAAAGAAGAAGUAAUUAGGUGGGAAGAAGGUAAAAAAUGGCAAACCAAAAUAGAGGGAAUUCGAAACAGGUUAAAAGAGAAAGAGGGGGAAGUCUGUAUUCUAACAAAGCAAUUGAAUACUUUGAAGGAUCUUUUUGCCAAAGCUGAUAAAGAGAAACUUACUUUGCAGAGGAAACUAAAAACAACUGGCAUGACUGUUGAUCAUGUUAUGGAAGUGCGAGCAUUGGAGUCAGAAAAAGAGUUAGAAGAAUUAAAAAAGAGAAAUCUUGACCUAGAAAAUGACAUAUCAUAUAUGAGGACCCAUCAGGCUCUUCCUCGAGAUUCUGUUAUAGAAGAUUUACGCUUACAAAAUAAAUACCUCCAAGAAAAGCUUCAUGCUUUAGAAAAACAGUUUUCAAAGGAUGCAUAUUCUAGGCCUUCAACUUCAGGAAUAGAGUCAGAUGAUCAUUAUCAAAGAGAACAGGAGCUCCAGAGGGAAAACUUGAAGUUGUCAUCUGAAAAUAUUGAAUUAAAAUUUCAGCUUGAACAAGCAAAUAAAGAUUUGCCAAGAUUAAAGAAUCAGGUAAGGGAUUUGAAGGAAAUGUGUGAAUUUCUUAAGAAAGAAAAAGCAGAAGUAGAGAGGAAACUUGGCCGCGUUAGAGGGUCUGGUAGAAGUGGAAAGACAAUCCCAGAACUAGAAAAAACCAUUGGUUUAAUGAAAAAAGUAGUUGAAAAAGUCCAAAGGGAAAAUGAACAGCUGAAAAAAGCAUCAGGAAUGUUAACCAGUGAAAAAAUGGCUAAUAUUGAAAUGGAAAACGAAAAACUGAAGGCUGAAUCAGAAAAACUCAGAGUUCAUUUUGGACGUCAGUUGAGCAUGCACUAUGAAUCCAAGACCAAAGCCACAGAGAAAAUUGUUGCUGAAAAUGAAAGGCUUCGUAAAGAACUUAAAAAAGAAACUGAAGCCGCAGAAAAAUUACGGAUAGCUAAGAAUAAUUUGGAGAUAUUAAAUGAGAAGAUGACAAUUCAACUAGAAGAGACUGGUAAGAGAUUACAGUUGGCAGAAAGUAGAGGUCCACAGCUUGAAGGUGCUGACAGCAAGAGAUGGAAAUCAAUUGUUGUUACAAGAAUGUAUGAAACCAAGUUGAAAGAAUUGGAAACUGAUAUUGCCAAAAAAACUAAAAGCCUUACUGAUCUUAAACAGCUUGUAAGACAAGCAACAGAGAGGGAACAAAAAGUUAAGAAAUACACGGAAGAUCUUGAGCAACAGAUUGAGAUUCUCAAACAUGUUCCUGAAGGUGAUGAAACAGAGCAAGGCCUUCAAUGGGAGCUUCAAGUUCUUAGAUUAGCUAACAGACAGCUGGAAAAAGAAAAAGAAGAAUUAAUCCAUCAGAUAGAAGUUAACAAAGACCAGAAUGGACCUCAAAGCACCAUACCCGAUCCUGAUCAACUAAAGGAAAAGGUCAAAGAUCUAGAGACACAGCUCAAAACCUCAGAUCUAGAAAAGCAGCAUUUGAAGGAGGAAAUAAAAAAGCUGAAAAAAGAACUGGAAAAUUUUGAUCCUUCAUUUUUUGAAGAAAUCGAAGAUCUGAAGUAUAAUUACAAAGAAGAAGUGAAAAAAAAUAUUCUCUUAGAAGAGAAGUUAAAAAAGCUUUCUGAACAAUUUGGAGUUGAAUUAACUAGUCCUGUUGCUGCUUCUGAAGAGUCUGAAGAUGAAGAGGAGGAAAAUCCUGUUAAUUUCCCAUAUACUAAGGGCCACCUCUAACUAUAGUUUUAUUUAACUGUUUAUUAACUUUAUAAGUUAAAAUUCCAUCUGGAAGUUCCAUCGGGAAAUCAGGCAAGUCUCUGACCUACAUGAUUUCCUUCCCAAUACCUUGUACCUUUACCUAAAUUGGAAUUUUUAGUAAAUAAAAUUAUACGAAAAUUUCAACGUAUUAGGAAAGUGUAUUUUUGAAGACUUUUAGGAUAAGUUAUAUUUGUCAAAUAGGCAAUGAUCUAUGGUGAAUUCCUAUACAUUCAUAAUGUUUUAAGUUUCUUAAACAUUUAAAACUGGGGUUUUAUAUAUACUUACAUAUUCUCAAAUUAUAUAUGUGUGUGUGUGUAUAUAUAUAGAUAAAAAUACAUUAUGAAGUUGAGCCAUAAGUUUUCUUAAAUGUCUAGCAGUAUUAAAUUCAGCUUAAACUAUUUAAUUUUUAAAGUAAACGGUCCAGAACUGUUGGUUUGUCUUUUAUGCUACUACCCAUGUAUAAUGGACUGAAUCUAACCUUUGUACAAGCUGGGCAGCUUACUAUUAUAUUUUAAAUUCCAGAGGUUAAAAACUCACUUGCUGUUUCUCAAUAAAAUUUUGAAUAGAUAUUUGCAGGUGGGAAAUUCAUUUCUUCAAAUGCUAGAAGACAUGAUGCUAUAUUAGACAGUGAACAAUAAAUAGAAACUCAGAUAUUUUUACCUUCUAAACAUGGCAGAGUAUUCAAUAUUGAAAUAUAAUAACAAAGAAGCUGGUUUUUAAUUGCAUUUCCAGUUUAUACAUUGAGUAUUAUAUCUUUGAGCCUACCAAAUUUCUGAUUAUCUAUUUUUGAAAAGUGAUUAAAUAAACACUUAGCAUCAAAGGCAUACACAUAAUUGUUCAGAUUCAUGUUGAUAAUAACUGGUUUUGAAUUCAUAUAGGUAUCUGGGAUUGGCCAGCUUAAACCAAGAUGAUGGCGAUGGACCUGAAAAGAAAAACAAAAAAGGGCAUUAGCUUUUAGCCUGUAUUAUCUUCAUUCACUUACAAAUCUUUUGAGUGCCUACUAUCUCCCAGGCACUAGUUAAGGCUCCAUGUCAUCUUACCCUUUUUUUUUUCAUAGCUGUUCUCCUGACAUAUUACAUAUUUACUUGCUUAUUGUCUAUCUUCCCCAUUAGAAUGUAAGCUUCAUGAAGGCAGAGACAUUGUUUUGUUGACUCUAUUUCCAGCACCUGGAAACAUGCCAGGAACAUAAUCAGGGGCUCCAUAAAAAUGUAAUGAAUAAUAGAGUCUAUUGCUGAGUGCAGAAGUUAGCCAAUUGAAAAAUGUGGGCGGAAGGCAUUCUAACCAAAAGAAAUACCAUGUGAUAGAAUCGUGUUUUUGCUCUGGUUGCAUUUAGUUAAGAACAUACACAGCGUGGGUGUGUUUGGGAGAUGGGGGUAAAGAGUUCUGGAAGUCUGAGCUGGGGCCAGAUCAUGAAAAAUCUUAAUGUCACUGAACACUUUUACUCAGGGAAGUAGUAUUCUCAUUCAUUUGUGAAGCAUGGACAGGACAGGGAUAAGACUGAAAGAUAACGCUGAGGAGGGUGACAAAAUAAUUCAGGCAUGAAUCUUGUUUUAAAUUAAAAUCAACAGCCAACUGGUUGGUAAGAAGUACACAGAUGCAAGAGAUGAGACUCUUUUAGAACUGAUAAUUGGAUGUAGGAAGUGAUGGAGAGAGGGGUUAAAAAUGAUAUCUAAGUUUUUGGCUUCAGUGAAUUGUUUGGAGUUGGGGUUGGUCCAAACUGGACUAGGGUCCAGUUUUGAACAUUACAAACUAGAACCUAUGUGAAAUCAAACAGACAAGUCCAGGAGACAGAAAGGGUGCAAAGGGUAAAAGAAUUCAUUCUGUAUAUAUUAACUGUCACCUUGGCACUCUUUUAACUCAACGAAUUCUAUAAUCAGGUACCUUUGAGAAAUGCUGCGUUAAACUAAGUUAUUAGUACAGAUGUCUUAGAGAACACUAAUGUUCAACAUGAAUUUCCAAGAAGGCAAUACAUAGUAUGCAGGGUUUUCCGGACAUUUUCAUCACUUUAAUUCUGAAGCACAUCUAGAAGAACGAACGCCCCACAGAAUAAAUACAUAUUGGGAAACACAACUUUAUCAUAUAAAGAUGGUGGCAUGUGAGAUGAAGAAAUUAAAUUACUGCAUAUCAGGAUUACUGCAAUUUGUAGAGCAUAUUAGUGCCACUUCUACUUUAAGAACAUAAAAUGACAUAAUCCCACUAAUUAUUUUCUGCCAGUACCUUGAUUAAACAGCCAUCACUGCAGUGCCACACUAUUCCUUCAAUUUUGCCCUCUCUGCAACCUUCAAACCAGGACAACAGAUCAUUGUGCUUCAAAGUAGGUAGAUUUCUUAUUUGAAAUGCUCCAUGCGGUAUAAGAAGAUGUAACGGAUGCUUCUUGCUUCCUAACCCUAAAAUUGUAAAACUUUGCCAUUAGCCAUACAGAAGUUUCAAAAAGAAUGAGGAAAUUUCUCCCUCCAAAUUAAAAAAGGCCUCUAAAACAUUGAGGAAUAAAUUUACCAAAAAGUUUAAUUCCUUGAACAGAGACAAGUGCCCUCACUCAAAAGUCGGCACCUUAUCCCAUUAAAUCUAAAUUCCACCUUUGUGUGCUCUAUACCAGGAAUUGGCAAACUAUGACCUUCGACUAAACCCAGCCAGGUGCCUGUUUUUGUAAAUUGUUUCAAUGGAACACAGCCAACCCAUUCAUUUAAGUACUCUCUAUGGCCUGUUUCAGAGAUAUGGCCCCAAAAUCCUAAAUAUUUACUGUCUAGCCUUUUAUAGAAAAGUCCACCAACUCCUGCUCUACACCAUUAGCCACAAUUCAACUAUCAUUCAGUAUUUACCAAACAGCCACGCUGUAUCUGAUAACUUGUAUAAUUACUGUCUUAGAUUCUUUUCACCUGCCAAUCAGUCUGCUUCUGAUCUCUAUAUAGGAUUUUGCUAUUCCAGCUUUAAUGACCUUGGGUCUGUCUUCAUCCCUGGGUUAACAAUACUCCAUAGUGCCCUCAGGACUUGUACUCAAAUCAUCAUGGUGUAUAUUCUAAUGCUUGAUAUGCUAUUCAUUGCUAAUUCUUUUAUUUACUUUACUCCUAGCUGUUAAUUAAUGCUAACUAAUUACCUAGCCAUGAAAAGGAACCUAAGUGCCCAUCAAUAGAUGAAUGGAUAAAGAUAUGGGGUGUGUGUACACACACACACACACACACACACACACACACACACACACACACACACACACACACACACACACACACACACACACACACACACACACACACACACACACACAGAAAAUGGAAUAAAACUCAGCCAUAAAAAAAGAAUGAAAUCCUGCCAAUUGCAACAACAUGGAUAGACCUAAAGGAUAUUAUGCUAAAUGAAAGAAGAAAAAGACAAAUACUGUAUGAUUUCACUUAUAUAUGGAAUCUAAAAACCAAAACAAAUAACUCAAGUUUAUUAGUCAUUUCUUUAGUGUGUAUUUUUUUUCAGUUGAACCUAGGAAGUUUUCUUUAAAAAUAACUACUGUAACUAAACAAGAAAAAGGCUUUACUCACCAUAUGGGUUUCCAUUAAUAUUGGUUCCUAUAAGCUCCAGUGUUUGUUCUAACAGAUCUGAGAGUGGCACUGCACUAAUUUCCAAAAGACCAGGAUUAUCAGAAUGAUGCCUCAGUACCAGGGCGAUUUCAAAUUCAUAAUUUACUACAGAGGAAUGCCAGCAAUACUGUUUGUUGUUUUUCUCCACUGGUACCCAACCUAUCAUUUAAAGAAAGAAGUGUUUUUUAUUGCACUGUUUUUCUUUGGAUUAAGACCUAAGGUAAUUUUAAUUUUUGUUGCAAAUUCUCUGUAUUUUCUGGAUGUUCUAUCACACAUAGGUAUCACUUUUAACAUCAGUGGAAAUGUUAGCAGUUUUACUACUUUGUAAAUCAUAAUCUUUUUCUUUAAUCAUAAGGUCUCAUUCUUGAUUCUGCUGAGGAAUUAACCUGUUAGUCACUUUGGAGCACUCAGCAUUAUUUUAAUAGAAAAUUCACAUUUUCAAUAAGAAUUGAGCACCAUUCUAAGACACAGCACCAAAACCUUUUUUUAAAUUAAGUUUUCUCUCUACCUUCUCUCCAGUUUCAGGGACGAUAGACAGAUGCAAGUGUUCUGCAAUUUACUGUAUUGUUCCAGUAUUUAUUGAACAAUUUAUUGAUUCUACAUUUAUUGAAUGUUACUGCUAUUCCCUUCCUAACUACUGAUGGCAGAUUAGGCUUCUUUGUUGUGGAGAAUUCCUUACCGAAAAAAAAAAAAAAAAAAAGACAAA